CCAUAUAUCAUCUUUGAAGUUAUAUAUUGCAUAUUGUCUCAAAAAUUGCUACAUUUUCACUAGAUAUUUACUUGUCUUUGGUGUUUUUGUGGACUUUUAAACUUGGCUAUGCCAAAAUCAUUUUUAGUUCGUGGUCAGCAUAGACCAAAGACUACCCAAGAUGUCCAAGAAGCACAGCUUGAUCAAAAGAAUCCGUCCAGCGAAAGACUCUUGGACAAAAAAGAAUAUUCUUACUUGAAGGAUACUGAUGAAGUAGAUGGCGCUGAAAAUUUGCAAAAAAGAAAACAUGAAGAAGCCAAAACCAAAGACCAGGAUAUACGAAAAACUCCCUUGUUUCUACCUUUACCAUUUGAACAUAAAAUGUACAAUUUAAUGCUUCAUUCUCCAGGAAGUGAAAAAUUUGGAUUUAAUAACAUCUCGUCACCUCUACCCUACCAUUCCUUCCGGUAUCAGGAACUAUGUUCCCCAACGUCCCCUGUUGCUCCUCCGCUCAUUCCGAGCCCGACUCAUAUAAUCGACUCAGGCUUUCCAAAUCGUGCAAGCUCAAAUUCAGCAAAAUCAACGACGGAACAUCAAUCUAGAGACCAAUUAGACGGCGUUAAUAACUUUCUCAAUCCUCCCGUUUCAAUGCUCAAGCAUUCAGUGGUGCAUGGGGUAGAACUUAUUAAUGGUGGCUUUGGAAUGAAAAACCCCAUCAUUGCUCAUGCUCAAGACCAGAAAAUACCUAGUUUUCAUGACAAAACAUCUACAGACGGUCAGAAUUUUACUUGUAAUAUCUGUAACAAGUCCUUCCCACUCCAAAGGUUGCUGAAUCGCCAUCUGAAAUGCCACAGUGAAAUCAAAAGAUAUCUCUGCACCAUAUGCGGCAAAGGUUUCAACGACACAUUCGAUCUCAAACGUCACACAAGAACUCAUACUGGAGUGAGACCAUACAAGUGCAGUACUUGCGGUAAGGCAUUUACUCAGCGCUGUUCCUUAGAGUCACAUGGGCGGAAGGUUCAUGGAUUUGAAUUUUCUUACGCUUAUAAGGAACGCCGUAACAAACUUUACGUAUGUGAGGACUGUGGACACACAACUUCAGAUCCAGGGCAACACUUUGUUCACUUAAAACACUUUCACCCGCAGAACCCCGUUCUUCUCAAAUUCUACGAUAAAAGGCAGUUCAAAUUUUCUGAAAUGGGCAAUAACUCAGAAGAAAUCAUGGACCUCUCUGUCAACAAAAGGUGACGUCGUGCCUGGUAUAAUGAAGUGUUAGCAAAUGCAUAAUAUACCAUACCAAAAA